AUGCCCCCUCAGGACCACAGUUAUGGUUCAAUAUUUGGAAACUGUGCCAUGACGAUUUUUCAUCUGAUUGCGCCUGGAAAGUUUUUCCAAAUGUUUCUAAAAGAUACCGGGUUACAACAAGACAAGAAAUACCUCGACUGUGUUCAGAACUCCGUCGGGGACAUAACGUUCUUCUGGCAGAGACUCAAAGCGAUGUGGUUCGGCAACAUGCAGGAGGCCAAUCUGACGGUAGAGGUGGGAAGCCCCGCCCCAAACCCGGCCCUCGUCAGGUUGAGUGACGGCGUAGAGUGUCACCUGCUGGACAUGGCCAAGGUGGGCCGGCCGCUCGUCAUCAACUUCGGCAGCUGCACAUGA